UUGAAGCCAAGCAAAAAGACGAGGACCGCAUGCUAUGGUUGUUCGGAGACUUUUUGAAGUCACGAUCUUAAAGUCAUAUGAUUCACAGCAAAUAUAGCAACAAAUAUCUCGAUUCGUAUUUUCCAAAGCCGCGAAACGUGCAUUGAGUUUGGAGCGAUAUCUGAAGUGAAGAUUGAAGACGUGAUAGAAGAUGGACGACUACUGCUAUGCUAAGAUGGCGACGUCAUGUCAAAGAGAACAUUCCAGCACAAGACUAACGGAGAUAAAGACGAAAGAUGAAGACGUCCAGCAGCUGAUGGGUAAUCCAGAAGAAGUUUCCCCUCAGUCAGGGGGGAGCUCCACUUUGAAGCAGGAGACUCCACAACCACCCUGCAUUAAAAAGGAAGAGGAGGAACUCUGCAUCACUCAGGAGGGAGAGUGUCUUCUAGGACGAGAGGAAGCUGAUUACACCAAGUUGCAACUGACUGUUGUCUCUGUGAAGACUGAAGAUGAUGAAGAGAAACCACAAGUAGACAACCUCUUAGCUCCACUAUCAGAUAGUGAGGCUGAAGACGAGGUUGAAGAACCUUUGAGCAGCGAUACAGACUGUGAAGGUGAUAUGAGGACUCACACUGACAACAAACACUCUGAAUGCUCCUCAAAGAAGAGAGGUAAAACAUGUUUGAGCUGCUCAGUUUGUACUGAAAGUUUUGCUAAAAAGAGACAUUUUACUCAACACAUGAGAACACACGCAGGAAAAAAAACAUUUAACUGUUCAAUCUGUGGCAAAAGCUUUUCUAAAAGUAGCCAAUUGACUCAACACAUGAGAACACACACAGGAGUAAAACCGUUUAAGUGUUCAGUUUGUGGCAAAAGCUUUUCUCAAAAUAGCUCUUUGACUCAACACAUGAGAACACACACAGGAGAAAAAACAUUCAUUUGUUCAGUUUGUGACGAGAGCUAUUCCCGAAAUACCUCUUUGACUCAACAUAUGAGAACGCACACAGGUGAAAAACCAUUCAAUUGUUUAGUUUGUGGUAACAGCUUCUCUCAAAAUAGCUCCUUGAAGCGACACAUGAGAACACACACACGAGAAAAACCCUCUAAUUGUUCAGUUUGUGGCGAUAGCUUUUCUCAAAAAAGCCAUUUAACUCGACACAUGAGAACACACACAGGAGAAAAACCAUUUAAGUGUUCAGUUUGUGGCAAAAGCUUUUCUCAAAAUACCAAUUUGACUAAACACAUGAGAACACACACAGGUGAAAAAACAUUCAUUUGUUCAGUUUGUGACGAAAGCUUUUCCCGAAAUACUGAUUUGACUCAACAUCUGAGAACACACACAGGUGAAGAAUCAUUUAAUUGUUCAGUCUGUGGCGAUAGCUUUUCUCAAAAAAGCCAUGUUACCCGACACAUGAGAACACACACAGGAGAAAAACCAUUUAAGUGUUCAGGUUGUGGCAAAAGCUUUUCUCAAAAUAGCUCUUUGACUCAACACAUGAGAAUGCACACAGGAGAAAAGCCAUUUAUUUGUUCAGUUUGUGACGAAAGCUUUUCCCGAAAUUCCUAUUUGACUCAACAUAUGAGAACACACACAGGUGAAAAACCAUACAAGUGUUCAGUUUGUGGCAAAAACUUUUGUCGAAAUAUCCAUUUGACUGUACAUAUGAGAACACACACAGGUGAAAAACCAUACAAGUGUUCAGUUUGUGGCAAAAGCUUUUCUGUGAAGAGAAUAUUGACUCGACACAUGAGAACACACUGGACUAAGACCAUUUAAUUGUUUAGUUUGUGGCAAAAGCUUUCCUGUAAACAGCUCUCUGUGUCGACACACAACAACACACGCUGUAGAAAAACAUUUUAGUUUUUUCAGUGUGCCGUAAAAAGUUCCCACAUAAUGCAGACCCAGCAAAAAACAUAAGAACACUAAGGGAAAAUAAGCAAUUAGCUGUUUAGUUUGUGGUAUGUUGCUCAUAUGUGGCGACAUCCACCCUACCCAGGACCUCCUCACUGCUUCUUUCACAAAUAUCUGAGGUAUUCAUACAAACUUGGAUUAUUUGAAGUAUAAUCUUAUCCACUCAUGUCCCCAUGUCUUCUCUGUAUCUGAAACCUUCCUAAACAGUAAGAUAAAUGAUGCUUCAAGUGCUUGGUUACUCUUUCAGUUUAGAGACCCGGACUAAAGUGUAAAGUUUGUGCACGCUCAAAAACCUGCGCUACACCCUUUAUCACUGCAAAUUUGAGACGUGAAAAUGUGCACUGCUUCACGGCAGCUGCAUAGCUCUCAUACGCACACUUCUACAGGCUGUGGAUACUUAAUGGGGAACAUUAUCACAAUUUCUGAAGGGUUAAUUCCAAUAAUUAUCAGUUCCCUGUGGCUUAUUUUAUUUUUUUUAUGUUUUUCCAAAAUUUUACCCAUCCUGGUAUAUCCCUAAAAAAAUCUUUAAAGUGCCUGAUUUUCAUUAUCUGUGAAGCCAUCGUCCAUUUUCCUGUGACGUCAUCCAGUGAUGCCAGUACGGAUAGCACAGCAAGAUAUAGCGACAUUAGCUCGGAUUCAAGCUCGGAUUCAAACUCGGAUUUCAGCGGCUUAAGCGAUUCAACAGAUUACGCAUGAAUUGAAACGGAUGGUUGGAGUAUGGAGGCAGAUAGCGAAAAGGAAAUUGAAGAAGAAAUUGAAGCUAUUGAGCGAAUAGCUAUUGACGCUAUUCGGCCAUGUUUGCCUUAGCAUCGCCGGUAAAAUGUGCAGACCAACGAUCGGAAGAUGCGCAUCUUGUGAAACUGGCUCAACUUAAAUCCGGCGAUUGUCAAGUGUUUGUUUGGCAUUAAAUGUGGAUGUAAAUAUAGUUUCAAAUGUACAUACAGCUAGCCUAAAUAGCAUGUUAGCAUUGAUUAGCUGGCAGUCACGCCGCGACCAAAUAUGUCUGAUUAGCACAUAAGUCAACAACAUCAACAAAACUCACCUUUGUGAUUUAGUUGACUAUCGUUGGAAAUGCAUCUGCAGGUUAUCCAUACAUCUCUGUGCCAUGUCUGCUUUAGCAUCGCCAGUAAAAUGUGAAGACACUCCGGCACAUUCAAUGGGGGUCUGGCGGCAGAUUUCUUUGACUUUAUCGUUGAAAAUGCAUCUGCUUUGAGUGUCGCAGGACAUCCACACAAUCUUGCCAUCUCUGUGGUAGCAUAGCUUUUGUCGGUAAAGUGUGCGGAACAAACGACUGACCAUUUCGUUGGCUUUCCCCACACCCUCUCAUUUUGAACACAUUUCGUCCAAUUUCUUGCCACUUUCGCAUCUUCGGGCCAGUGGUGCAACUUGAAUCCCUCCCUGUUAGUGUUGUUACACCCUCCGACAACACACCGACGAGGCAUGAUGUCUCCAAGGUUCCAAAAAAUAGUCGAAAAAAACGGAAAUUAACAGAUUUGAGAGCCGGUGUUUGUAAUGUGUUUGAGAAAAUGGCGGCUUUAUUACCGAGGUGACGUCAUGUUCUGACGUCAUCGCUCCCAGAGCGAUAAACAGAAAGGCGUUUAAUUCGCCAAAAUUCACCCAUUAAGAGUUCGGUAAUCGGUUAAAAAAAUAUAUGGUCUUUUUUCUGCACCAUCAAGGUAUAUAUUGACGCUUACAUAGGUCUGCUGAUAAUGUUCCCCUUUAAGUGAUGCUGGGUAACUGUUCGCAUAAAAAAAAUGUCAACUUUUACUCCUCAAACUGAUUGAUGUGCAAAUCAGAGACAUAUGAACAAUCAUAGUUGGUGAAAAUAAAUAAACACAAUGCUUAA